UUGAAAUCGGUUGUGUGCUGUGCGCCAGUGAAAAAUCCCCGAAAUAAUAAUAUUAUUAUCACCUUAAAAGCGGCGGCCUAAACAAAACAAAAAUACGGAGCAUUGUCAAAAAGAAAAACAACAGAAAAAGAGACAAAUGGACAGACAGACUGUCAAUUGAAAACAAAUAGUACAAUGAAGUUUUAUUUUUGGAUCAGUUGGACUCUCGGCAAGUAAAGAGAUUCAGUGCAGCGCAACUAAACGUUAAAAAAGAAACCCGUUUCUGACCAAUUUCACAAUAAAUUAAAGAUAUAUAUUAGCUGUAUAUAUAUAUUUUUUGGACUUUGAUCGAAGUACUCAAGCGACAUGGCCAAGUUAAUCAUACUUUGCUGCUUUUUAUGGACUCUCAAAUCUUCGGCUCUGCCAAUUUUGGAGCCAGAUAGCCUGGAUGUGAUGUGUCCGCCAUGUCCGACUGACUUGCCUGUUUGCAGCAAUAUUCUCGUCGAGGUGGCCAGGAAAACUGGGUUUCCCGACUGCGGAUGUCCUCGCUACGAAUGCCACGAUAAGGAGCCCGUGUGCGAGAGUUCCAUGAGGUUCUAUAGGAACAAGUGCACUGUUUGCGAUCCCUGCGAACCGCUGGCAGUUCGAUGCAAGGAAAACUGUUCAGUGGAAGAGGAAACACCCAAUUGUUUAACCGAUAACAAUGAAUACAAGGAAAUUGGUGCAGUAUGGAGUGAAGAUAAUGGUUGCACAACCGCCACUUGCCUGGGAGGAUAUGUCUCCCGUACAUCAGUUCAAUGCAACCACAUAUAUCCGUGCAAUAAGCCCAUUCGGAUCGAGGGGCAAUGCUGUCCAGUUUGCCCGGAAGAAGUCGAUGAGAGUGGUUCCUAUUAUGAGCCUUUCGAUGGCACAACCAUGGGUCCCGAAAUUAUUGAAGGUGAAGAUAGCGCAGAGGAGAUUACUAUUAAGUAUAUCAACUCCACAUCUGAAAUUCCGGCUGUAACCGAAUCUUCCACCAGUUCAUCGGUUAAUAGCUCCAACAUGCCAACUGAAAGUUCUGCUCUCGUUACGGAUUCAACCAAUAACCCUACUACAUCAUCUGAAAUCUACACACCCACUCCGAUUACAAGUGAAUCUACCAGUGCGGCUGAUACAACUACAGAUUCCAGUUCUGAAUCGGUGGGAUAUAUUGCCACUUCCGAAUCGCCGGAUCUCAGGAACGUCGUCACAGAAGAAGAGGCAACUUCUAGUUCUGAUAUUCCAAUAGAGACUACCAUAAACCCAACCACUUCCGAUAAUCUGGAAACUUCUACGGGUGCAAGCACAACGAUUGAAGCUUCCACAGAUAAUGAUACUAUAAAAACUGAAAAAACCACGGAAGAAAAAUAUGAUAUAUCCUCAGAAAGCGUCAAAAUAAAUUCGUUUAUGACCGAUGAUCCCUUCACCGAUCAGCAGGAUCCUGUGGUCCCAGAAUCCACCAGUCAAGUUAAGGAUUUCAACGAUACGAAUGUCCUUCAUUAUGCCGAUGUGCCGCAGGAGCAAAUCAAAAAUGGUCUCACCUGGGGUUAUAUAACCGCUUUCAUAAGUGGACUGGUGGUUUUCGUAGUGUUCGUUGCGAUCGUAACUAUCUUUAUGUAUAGGAGAUAUUUCGAGAUAAAAAAAUAUCAUGCGAUCUCCACAGCUGCAGUAUCUCAACAGCCCCGUGAGACUGUUGCACUUUAGGAUCCGAAAGUUCGAAAGUGAAAUGAUAAUGAUACAAGGGAAAACGAAGCAUAAGUUGUGAUUCCUGCACAGAGAAAAUCAUAAUUCCAGGUUGCCAUCUCAGUUUAUCAUUUCAUUUAAAAGAAAAAUAGUAUAAAAAGUAUGUAUUCUUG